UUUUAGUUGGUGCAGACCUGAUUCAGUAACACUGCUAAUAUUAUAUAGACCUUUGUAAAUGCAACAAUGGCAGCUCUGCCACAUAAAUCUUUGGUGUCCGUUCAGAAGUGCGUGUCAACCUCUUCAACUUUAUUGACACCCAAGAUAUCGUACUAUUUGUUAUGCGACAUUACCUUGAAAGCAAGGGCAACAUCUGCUGGCUCAGAUCGUCUAAUCUCGCUUCUCUUUGGUCUGGUUUGUUUGGUGGCCUUUCCUGGGCUGCGAACCAUAUUGAGCCCUCAGAUGGUUCCAGCCGACAAUCCUAUAUGCGACGGGCAUCUCUCGCUUGCCUUUUGGCUGUCCACGUCUCUGGUUGGUUUGCUCGUCCUGAAGACAACCACCGAGGCUGGAAGCAAGCCUACGAGACCUUUGCUCUGAGUAGGGAUAUGCAGUCAGCUUUCUUCCUAUUUAAUAGAAAAUUGGUUUUGACUGUAUUGAACUAUGUCACGACGCGACAAUGCCUUCAGGAAGGCAUUGUUGAAAUGUUGUUGGGUGUGUCAUUUAAACCCCCACAAGGUUCGCGGACAGUUCCUGCCCAAAUGUUGGCCAGGAAUCGAAGAAUUCAGGUCGACCUCCCCGUGCGAACUUUGGCGACACCUCUACUUUCCAUCCCAACAGAGCAACAAUCAACUUGCGUCGGCCAUCCAAAUGAACAUCCAUUCCAACUUCGGAAGUGAACUCAUCAAUCACCUUUACUCGUUUCUUUCGUCGUCGCUCACAGAUUUCGCUGUACAAACAGCUAGUCUAUUUGUUCAAGAAACAGCGCAAAUUCUGUGCAGCCAAGCUGCUGGAUGGCUCACAGUGGAGCAAACUCGCGAGGUUAAUCUGUA